UGGGGCGUGUGCGCGAGCUGAACCCCGGCGUGUCGCUGUCACCAGGAGUGGGGGGCACGCGCCCUCUGCGUUUCAUCCCGCUUUUCACGCGUGUUUUUUACAUGAACCAUGACGUCAGUGUGGAAGCGGCUCCAGAGAGUGGGUAAGAGAGCCUCCAAGUUCCAGUUUGUCGCCUCGUUCGAGGAGCUCAUCAUAGAAAGCACGAAGAAAUGGCAACCAGACAAACUGAGAGUGAUGUGGAUCAGAAGAAACAGACGCCACACCACCAAGCUUCACUGUUGGCAGCCGGGGAUUAAGAACCCCUACAGAGGACUGGUUGUUUGGCAGGUUCCAGAGAGUUUAAACAUUACCGUCACACUGUUCAAGGACCCCACUGCAGAAGAGUUCGAAGACAAGGACUGGACUUUUGUCAUAGAAAAUGAAACAAAUGGCCGUAGAAAAGUUUUAGCAUCAGCUGAUGUUAAUAUGAAGAAGUAUGCUAGUUCCACCCCAGCGCAGUAUGACAUCACUCUGAAGCUCAAACCGUUGUCUGUGAAAGUGGUGGAGGCCACGCUCAGGCUGAAUCUGUCUUGCAUCUUUCUAAAGGAGGGUAAAGCUACGGAUGAGGAUAUGCAGAGUUUGGCCAGUUUAAUGAGCAUGAAACAGAGCGACAUCGGCAAUCUGGAUGACUUUAAUGACAGUGACGAUGAAGAUGGUGAAGAGAGACGGGUCAGCUUUGGAACUGGACAAACUACUCACGCUACUGAAUUCAGGAGCCAUCUGGACACGCUUUGUGAGGAGGACAACAUGUCUGCCGGACCUGCAAGCUUUGACUCUAGAGUCUCUGCCAGCCAGAAGGCGAUGGAUGCAGAUGGAAAAACAGCAACAACUGGAGCUGGUGAGACUGAUGCAUCAAGAGGAAACGUACAUUGCAGAAUGUGGCACUCAAUUCCUGACAUGCCAUUGUUGUUGACCAUUAGUGAAAGCUCUGUGAGGCAAACGCUUACUAGAGAGGGAAGUACUGUUGCGACAGAAACAGAGAGGAAUAAAGUUACAGAGGACAGUCGUGGGUUCUUGUCCUCAGAGACGCCAAGUAACUCAUUCACAUUAGAUUCUUUGUACUGUCAUGGUCCUGGUCAGGCACAUGGAGGGGAGAGUGGGUAA